AUGGGGAUUAUAAUGUAUGAACAUCUGCUAACCCAAACAGGCAAUAAGUCUCAGUCUUGUUACGUGAAGUUAAGCCGAGUACAAUCCACAACAGGAAUGCUCUGCAGAAUUGAGCUUUGGCUAGAGCUGUUGAAUAGCACGACCAUUAAAAGACUGGCUGUGCUGCUGCUGUUUAUUUCUUAUGUGAUCGCGACCCUGGCUUCAGUAGAUAACACCGGCCAUGAUUAUAACACCGCUUCUGUCGGAACACCUAGUGUUGGUGUAGCGCAGGAUGAGGCUGGUAUCUUUUAUCCCAAAAACAUAGCUGAGAUCAAGAAAAUAGUAAGUCUAGCCCAGCAAGAGAAAAAGAAGAUCUAUCUAGUUGGGAGCGGUCUUACACAGAGUUUUACCCGGGCCAAAGAACUGGGCUUUAUGCUAAUUAAUCUCAAAGGACUGAACAAGAUCGUGAUCGAUGCAAAAGCAAAGACGGCCCAAGUCUUUGGGAAUGUUACUUUUCAGGAAGUCGAGCAACAAGCCAAUGCGUAUGCAUUAGCGACUAAGGUCAGACCAACAGCUAACAUAUUCGUCGUGCUGGCCUCUAUUAGCACGAAUGUGCACGGCUGGGACCAUAAAAACGGCUGUAUUGGCAGCACAAUUCAAACCAUCCAUGCGCUGGACUCGACAGGUCAAGAGUUAGUACUGCCCAAAGGGUCAGCUCAGUUUAAAGAGUGUGUGGGGUCUUUUGGAAGCAUUUAUAUGCUCUAUGGAGCCGUGAUUGAACUAACGGACAACUUGCUGUUGGCUAAAGUGGCCACGACUUACCCGCGAUUGGAAGAGGCUUUAGAUGAGUUUCCUAAACAAACGGACAACGUGGAAAUGGCUCUAAUAAAUGUAUGCCGCCACAAGUACUACUUGGUGCGGUUUAUGCCGGCUUCAAAGGGGGCCAAGGUUUCCAAUCGCUCGAAAAAGAUAGUUCAGAUUCUGCCCUUCAUUGAAAAGGUGCUUAUUGAUUUGGCCCGGCUGAUCGAGUGGACAGGACUUCGGUCGUAUGUUGAGCGUCUUUAUGAAAAGGCUGUGACUUUCAAUUGGAUAAAAAGCCGUCAGCACUUGCGCAAUGAGUUUAUGAAUGUGAAUCUUAACGCGACCAAGAAGCCGUUCAAAGGCAUGCUACAUCGGCACGCGUUUGGGCGUGCUGAGUAUCUUGUCAAACAAGAGAAUUUGGACGCGCUAGUCACAUUAAUCAAGAAGGAGUAUGAGAGGCUUUUUCUGCUCAGUGCAACUAUCCGAUUUGUGAAGGCUGAUACAAACUCCUACUGCCCAUAUGCCAACGCCGAUAUGUAUGCCUUAGAGAUCUGCUGGGAGCAGCGAGAAGGUGAGGCGCCCGCACUAGAGAGUCGCAUGCGCAACACUCGUAUUUUAGAGUUUUUGACUAAACACGACGGCCGGUUCAAUCCAGCUUACCCAAGCGACCCCGAAGACAUCGUUGACUUUUAUCCGCCUCUAGCCCACAUGAUUUACGAACGUAACUCAAUCUUCUCUUCUCCGAUUGCAGAGGCUAUUAAAAAGCUGGUACAUGCUCGUAUGUCUUCCAGCUCAACCCCAGGUAACCCAGCAUCAACCAAACGCCAACCCAAUCAACCAAGAUGA